AUGCCUGUCGCACUAGAUCCUGUGUUCUACUUGAUCGGAGAUGAAGUAUCAACAGCACAGCCUGUAACUCUCGAUUCCAAAUGGAAGAUUGAAGAGGUCAAGCGUGCUGUAGGAGCUACCUUUCAUGUCGCUGCACCACUUGGCUUGACCUUCCACCUCGGAGAAAACGAACAAGAACUCUUCUCAGUAGAUGAAAUCCUUAGCGCAUCCUCAUCACGAACCACACCUAUCGGUCUUCGUGUCGAUGGCCAGGCAGUUCAGAGCCCCCAAGGACCCGAGGGUCUCCCACUCGUGGGCAGCUUCUACGAGGUUUUCCCCGACCAUCUGGGCAACCACUACCGACUCUUCCGCAAAUACGGCCAUGUUAUCAAGACUACCAACAUGGGCAAGACAACAUAUCUGACCGAUAGCCCCGAAGUUGCAGCCGUUGCCCUGACCGAGUCGGUCUACAUGACCAAGAAGAUCAACGAGAACCACCCUCUGUGGGGUGUCAAGGACAACACAGCAAUCUUCAUCGGAGAUACCGAGACUGAGAACUGGCGCUUGGCUCACAAAUUCUUACCACCAGCGAUGGGUCCCAAGGCAGUGCGCCACUACAUCCCGUUGAUGCAGGAGUGUGUGCGCAAGUCUUUCGCAGUCUUCGAUGAACUCGAUGCCCGCGGCAAGUCCUGGAAUGUAUACCAGUACAUGGUGAAGCUUGCAUCGCAAACUAUUGGAAAGUUCUCUCUGGGAACCGACUUCGAACACUUCACCGAUGUCGACGCCUCUUUGCACCCGAUCGUCACCAACAUCGCCAGUCUACUGUCUCUUAAUAAGAAGAUCACCUCCCGAGGUGAAUGGUACCGCCACCUUCCCUUCGGCGAUCCCGCCCGUCUAAAGCUUGUCCAGCGCACAAUCUACUCCCUCCUCCAGGGGAAGAUCGACCUCGUCAAGGGCUCCGGCAUUGACGGCAUGCCCAUGAACCAAGCCGCAGUCGAAGCCUCUUGCGUGGUCGACUACCUGCUCAACACCGUCGACGAAUCCGGCCAAAAGUUCCCCGAAGACCUGAUCGUCGCAAACAUGCUCAUCGUCACCGGCGCCGGCUUCACAACCACCUCUGCCUUGAUGUCAUGGCUGCUUUACUGUCUGGUCAGCUACGAAGGCACCCAAGACCGUCUCUACGAGGAACUGUGUGAGCGCGGCGUCGCCAACACCGACAAGACCGUCGAAUGGACACCAGAGUUUGCCCACAGCCUGACCUUCCUCGACUGUUUCGUCAAGGAGACACAGCGCCUGCACAAUGCCUCCUUCCAGCCCGGCCGCACGACGAAAACCGACGUUGUCCUGCCCGGUGGAUACCGCCUGCCUCCUGACAGCGUUAUUGUCCCCAACCUGUACAGUAUCCACACUAACCCUGAAGUCUGGCGCGAUCCCUUCCGCUUCGAUCCGGAUCGCUGGACUGCCGAAGAGACUAAGAACAAGCAUCGCUGCGCUUACAUUCCUUUCGGUACGGGGCCCCGUGGCUGUAUUGGAUUCAACUUUGCGCUGCUUGAGGUUAAAAUCUUGUUGUCGGAGCUUGUCUCGCGCUAUGAGUUUACCCGCGAGGGUCUUGAAGCUGUCGAGUAUGAUCCUGAGUUCCAGUUGAUUCGGCCCUUGAACUUCUAUGUUCGCGCUAAAAAGAGAACUGCUACUAUUUAG